AUGGCAGAAGAGAAAGUUCUGCUUCUUAAGGCCUUCGGCGAGGAAGAUUUUUUUCGUACGGCCUUCAACUAUGAUUUAGAUAAGAUCAAGAAAUGGAUGGAAGACUGUCUUGUCGGAAAUGCAGGAGGUGACCAGACCAAGAAACCAGAAGUCCAAAAGCAACUAAAGGACGUCAAGGAUAAGCUCGAUCGCCUCAUCCUACCAAAGGGGGAAGAUUUCAUUAAAAAGGAGCUCGCGCCCAAAAGUCACUUCCUGCGCGUUUUAAAUACGGAGUGGUCUGCAAGUGCGAAAGAUUACAUGGCAAAGUUCGAACUCGGAUAUUGGCCGAUCAACUAUCAAGGGGUCCUAGAACGGUCUAUAUCUGUCAGGUGGUGGAAUCCCUAUGACUUGCUCGGCCUCUUCAUCAGCAUUUUGGGUCCGGCUCCAGGAACAGCUAAUAGGAACAACUAUUUCAAGCCCUUAACCGCAGUCUAUGCGCGGUGGUGUUCGCGCAUCGCGGGCUACGCGAGGAAGUGGAAACCCCCUGGAGACGGUGCGGGAGACUGGCCUUAUAUGUUCCAGGUCACAUGGAAGCUCGUGGGCGAUAAAAACUAUUUCUUCCUGGGGAGCUCCAUAGCUGGUGAUAAUUGGAAGACGAGCGAAGUCGGGCAAUGGAUUAAGGAAGUGCAGCGCCAGCGAUUUUACAUGCUUCACGAUUCUCUGCUGAGGGUCGAUCUUUUUAAACGGGAUUUCAAUAAGACGCCUGUGAAACUUGAUACAAAUACUCUUGCGAACCAUUCGUUCGGCAACUGCGGAGAGACAUACCCCUUUAUCUUCAGCGUUCGCGGAACCCGCGACAAUAACCGAACGCUAGAAGGCCUUGCUCUCUCUCGCAAUUUUAUGAUGAGCCAGAGCUUGGAUUCGUACGACACAUAUCUGAAAGCGAAAAACACGAAUCUAAGUGGACCUUGCGGCAACUGUAAGCAACUCAUUUCCAGGGCCGGGGCCUUGAAAAGAAACUUCUCAAGAUAUCGAGGAGCAAGCUCGACUGCAAAGAAGACGCAAGGAACAACCACCCAAGAAAUAGCGGCGACAACAACUCAGAUGGCUGCUAUCACCGAUCCACCAGAGGGAUGGUCUGUUAAUCUCGAUGACUUGGACCGUGACUAUUACUGGGGGCCCGAUGGCGACGGCACGGUGGCCGCCCAGCGAGUCGGCUUGACUGGCAUGAAGGAGCUUAUGAUUGUCGAUCCCGACAACGGCAGCGACUCAUAUAUGUUCACCGCAUCUACUGGGAAGAUUUAUCUGUGGUACAUGGUCACUGGUGAAAUUUUCGAGUACACCAACCCCUCAGACCAGGCCGGUAUUUUGGCUGAGAUGAAGAAGCCAGCAGGAACGGGAAAAUUGGAACGGACCUUGCUACCUCAAGUUUAAUAGGCGGCUUUGUUGAAUUUUAGGAGUUGAC